UACAUAUGCAGCUAUUCUUAGCUCUGGAAUGUAUACACCGUCUCCCUGCCCAGCAGCUGUGUCACAAAGCUCUAGAAAACUGUGAAAGCGCCUUUAGCAUAAACAAAUCCAGAACUCUCCCAGGACCAACCAUUUGUCAACUGAAGGAAAGGCCCAGGUUUAUGGUUUCACUUGGAGCCAGAGGUGGAAACUCCGGCGGGACCAGUCGGACCAGGCAUCGGUGGCUAUCACUGCAGCCAAACAAGAGGGCCACGCCCCCUCAGAAUGACUAGCGUGGGGCAUAACUAACACCCAGAAAGAUGCAGAGAUGAGUUCACUAAAUAACAGAAGGCUGAGAAUCUGGAGAAAGGCUCACAGACUUCCGCUGGUCAAGUGCACGAGCUGUUUAUUUUGCUUCCGGCUAACAUUUCAGACCCCGGCAAUCAGUACCUUCCUACAACCUUCGUUGUUUUUGUUUGCUUGUUUUUUCUCAGAUUAUCUGAAGGAAGAUGUUAUUUGCCUGUUACCUUUCAGAGCAAUCCUAACCAAAACGAGAGGUGUCGGCUGUGGGGUCUGGAGCGUGGGUGGCCUCCCUCUGCAAUCUUCACUAAGCGAUAUUCUUGGCGAUACCCAUACGCACUGGAUGGACAAGGAGUCAGCAGAUGGGCUGCUCUUCAAAGACCACGACUUCUCCUCUGACUUGUUGAGGCAGCUCAAUGGCUUAAGACAAAGCAGGAUCCUGACGGAUGUAAUCAUCUGUGUUGGGGCCUGGGAGGUCCCCUGCCACCGAAACGUGCUGGCCUCCAGCAGCCCCUACUUCCGGGCCAUGUUCUGCAGCAACUUCCGGGAGCGCGGGGAGGCCAAGGUCCAGCUGAGAGGCAUCGACGCCACGACCCUGGAGCAGCUGGUCCUGUAUGUGUACACCGGGGAGGUGCCCAUCACGGCCGAGAGCGUCCUGCCCUUGCUGGAGGCGGCCUCCAUGCUGCAGUACCCCAAGCUCUUUGAGGCCUGCUCCUCCUACCUGCAGAGCCAGCUGACCCCCAGCAACUGCCUGGGCAUGAUCAGGCUCUCGGAGAUCCUCAGCUGCGAGACCCUCAGGAAGACGGCCAGGCAGGUGGCCCUGACAUACUUCCCAGAGGUGGCCGCAUCCGCGGACCUGAAGGAGCUCUGCGCCUUGGAGUUGAGAGACUACCUGGGGGACGACGGGCUGUGCGGGGAGGAGGAAAAGGUGUUUGAGGCCUUCAUGGGUUGGGUCAAGCAUGACCUCCAGACCCGGAAGCGACACAUGCAGGAACUGUUCAAGCUCGUCAGGCUUCCGUACAUCCACCCGGCCUUCUUCCACCACUUCAUCGCCAACGACGCCCUCCUUCAGUCCUCGCCCUCAUGCCAGGUCAUCUUGGAGAUGGCCAGGAGGCAAAUGUGUUCUUUGUAUGGCACCACCGGUGUCCCAGACCUCCAACCUCCGUGGCACGUGCCCCCAAGGAACUCUUACCAAGACUUCCUCAUCCUCUUGGGUGGGAGGAAGGACAACCAGCAGACCACCAGGGACGUUCUGCUGUACCACAGACAGACAGGCCAAUGGCGGAGCCUCGCCAAACUCCCCGCCCGGCUCUACAAGGCCGCAGCCGUGGCCUUGCACCGCAGCGUCUAUGUGCUGGGAGGCAUGGCCGUGGGCACAGAGAAGAGUGAGCCCAGUCGCCAUGUCUACAUCUUCUCCCUGAAACUCAACCAGUGGAGGCUGGGACAGCCCAUGCUGGCGGCUCGCUACUCCCACAGAAGCACCUCCCAUAAGAACUUCAUCUUCUCCAUCGGGGGGAUUGGAGAAGGGCAGGAGGUCUUGGGCUCCAUGGAGAGAUAUGACAGCAUCUGCAACGCCUGGGAGAAUAUGGCCAGCAUGCCAGUGGGGGUUCUGCACCCUGCAGUUGCUGUGAAAGACCAAAGACUCUACCUUUUUGGGGGAGAGGACAUUAUGCAGAACCCUGUGCGCCUUAUCCAGGUUUAUCACAUUUCCAGAAACACGUGGUUCAAAAUGGAGACGAGAAUGAUCAAGAACGUGUGUGCCCCUGCAGUGGUGCUUGGGGAGCGGAUUGUCAUCGUGGGAGGUUACACAAGGAGGAUUCUGGCUUAUGACCCUCAGUCCAACAAGUUUGUCAAAUGUGCGGACAUGAAAGACCGGAGGAUGCACCACGGGGCCGCGGUGAUGGGCAACAAGCUCUACGUGACGGGCGGCCGGCGGCUGACCACGGACUGCCACAUCGAGGACUCGGCCUCCUUUGACUGCUACGACCCCGAGACAGACACCUGGACCUCGCAGGGACAGCUGCCUCACAAACUCUUUGACCACGCCUGCCUCACUCUCCAGUGCAUUCCCCACGCCUCCACCUUCUCCUGAGGUCGAUGAGAAACCAAAAAACCGGCUGUGUUAGUCCAGACGUUCUUGUUGCAAGAGACAGAACCCUACUCCAAAAAGCUUGACCCUAAACAGGUGCAGCCAGAGCUCACAAGACCCAAAGUUCCAGAGCUGGAGGCCUGGAACCAGGCCUAUUGUUGGCAAAAUACUCUCUCUCUCUCUCUCUCUCUCUCUGGCUUUGUUCUCCACACCGUGUGAGGACAAAUCCAGACUCACAUUCUCUAGCUUAGCAUCUUCAGGAGAGACUUUACCAUUAUCCAUAUAUUAACCCUAAAAAGAAGUAAACAAUCCUGUUUGGCCCUUAUUGAGUUCCAUGCAACCUCUUGGGAUCAUACUACCAUAACUGGCUAGUCCUGGAUGGCGUCCCUACAGGCAGAGGUGGGGUUAAUGAUCGUGGACAACCUAUCUGAACGGCACUUAAUGGCAUAGGAGUGGUUCCCCAAAGGAAGAUAUGCUGGGCUGACAAAAGCCACAUCUGCCCGAACACCAUGGAGACUGGGAACAGAAGGGCGAAGAGCCCUUGGUCUGAGUGGCAGCAGGAGCAGUGGCCAUGGCCGAGUGUCCCUGAGACCAGGGAUGCGGUGCGUUGGAAUUCCAGAAAGUAUGUGCAGCUCCGUAUCUGGUGUUCGCAGCAUUGUCUGUGCUGCCAGAAUAAAGUUUGCUUCUGUUGCCAAGAGAUGUUUUUUCCCCAGCCUCUGGGGAGCUAUAAACCUGCAGAAUUAAUCAGGAUUUUCAUUUUGGUAAAUGUUAUGAGAAUUGCUCUUCUGAGGAAAGCCAACAAAUUCCUUCAGAGAUUACAGCAAUUAUUGCCCUCCCAGUGCUGGGGCUGACUUUCCCUGUGGCCUUCUUUAUCUCAAAGUGCCUCCCACACUGGGCCCAGUCCCGGGCACAGGAAUAAGUGGAAGCUGGAGGCACAUUACAAUCACCUGGAAGAUGUUUGAACAUGGGACUGAUCCCCAGUGGAGAGGGACAGAUGGGGAUUCUCAGAGGCGGGGCCCAGAGCUCUGUAGUUUUGAAAAGCAUCCUAGGUCAUUAUAAGGUGGAGUCAAAACCACCUCACUGCUCAUCUGUGGGCACUGAAGACCUUCAUACGCGGGUCCCUCCCCAUCCUGUCACAGCCAGCCCUGUCCCAGCCCAGCGGUAUACGCAAAGUCCUCUCCCCACCUAUGGGAGCACCUGGAACGAGUCUUGCUGCCCUGAGUCUGGCACCACAGGCCCAUGCUCUGGACUUUCCAUGUGUGAUAGAAGCCUCCCCUGACCCUUGCUCAAGAGAUCUUUAUUAUUUCUGCCCCCUCUUUCUUGUCUGAGGGACUUUGCACUUGCAGUUGCCCCUGCCUAAUACACACCUCUCUCACCUCUUCACCUCACCUAAUUUCAAUUUAUUCCUUACACACCAGAUUUGGUAAAAGUCACUGAAUCAAGGAGGCCUUUCGUGUACCCUCCCCUCCCC